AUGAACACAUAUUAAUCUAAUACUGUAUAUAAACAAAGCAACCAUUGAUUGAAUCAUUGAUUAAUUAAUUAUUGUUUUCAAAGAUAUUUAUAUGAAUUGAAUGCAAACACUAAUCACUAAUUUAUUGAUUGAUUUGUUUGACUUUAAUUGAUAACCAAUUAAUACAUUGAAUGAAGUGAUUGAUUGUGUUAUGUCUUCACUUAUCCAACGGGUUGUAUAAAGUGGUGUCGAUUCACAUGAAAACAGCGUUUCAUUUGAAGACUUCUUACUUUAAUUAUUAACUAAAAGACGAGUAACUAAUGAUAUGUUGGCCACCAAUGAAAGUGCGGACGUUUGGGUUGAGACCAAAACAGGUGACGGAAAAGUGUAUUAUUAUAAUGCAAAGACACGAGAGACCACUUGGACUAAGCCGGACAACGUUAAACUGAUUUCUCAGGAACAGCUCACCACUAAUGCCACUCAAGAAGACAAAAAGGAGGACAACAGCGGUGACCAAAAGGUUGAGAUCACUGGAGGUCCUGUAAGUGGACCUCCUGUUGGUCUCCAACAGCCCACACUUUUUCCACAAGCGCCGCGAUUUAUGGGACCGCCGUUUAUGCAUCCGAUGUCUCACUCGGUGCCCCCAUUUGGUCCAUACGGUGUACCUCCAGGAUUUCCAGCACCUCCAUGGGCACCACAAGUACCUCCCGUUCCAUUGGUUAAUUCAGAUCCAACUAAACAACAAUUAUUUUUUGACGCUUCGAUUGAUCCAGAAAUACGAAUGGCUGCGUCUGAAUGGACUGAAUAUAAAACACCGGAAGGAAAAUCAUAUUACUUUAGUUUGAAAACACAACAAUCGGUUUGGGAUAAGCCUAAGGCUCUCAUGGAUUUAGACGAAGCGAUAGCUAAGUCACAGAAACAACAGAUGGAAAAUAAAAGUAUGGCUAAGAAUGAUAAGGAGUUAAAGAAUGGUGAGGUAAGCAAUGAGAUAUUGAUCGACGACAACGAUAAGAAUCAACAGAUUUUAAGUGAAGAAAUUAAAAAACCCGAGAAAAAGACAGAACCCGUUCGCGAUAAGUCUAAACCAGUUUCGAGUACCGCUAUUACAGGAACGCCGUGGUGUGUUGUUUGGACGGGUGAUAGCAAAGUAUUUUUUUACAAUCCGAGUACUCGAACAUCUCUAUGGGAGUGUCCGCCAGAACUUAAAAAUCGAGCCGACGUUCAACAGUUGAUGAAAGAGCCGCCAAAAGAGAAAAAAGAGGACUCGGAUUCAGAAUCGGGAGAAAAGAGACAAAUAGAACCCAAAGAGGAAAAACCAAAUAAAAAACAAAAAAAAAUAGAAGAAGAGAAAGAAAAAGAAAAAGAAAAAGAGGAAAAGGAAACUAAAAAAGAUACGACUAAUGAAGCGGAACUGAUGGCAGCCAAACAACGCGAAACGAUUCCACUCGAAGAACGAACGCAAAUGUUUAAAGCUAUGCUUAUCGAGAAAGAUGUGUCGGCAUUCUCGACGUGGGAAAAGGAGUUGCAUAAGAUUGUGUUUGACUCCCGAUAUUUGAUUCUUACGGCACGGGAGAGACGACAGGUUUUUGAUAAGUAUGUAAAGGAGAGGGCAGAAGAGGAAAGACGUGAAAAGAGACAACGACUCAAACAACAAAAGGAUAACUACAGACAUCUUCUUGAAGAAGCAAACCUAACACCGAAGUCAUCGUUUGGAGAAUUUGCUCAAACAUAUGGCAAAGACGAUCGCUUUAAGGGAAUCGAAAGAAUGCGUGAAAAGGAAACAGUUUUUAAUGAAUUUUUAUCUGAUUUAAGAAAAAAGGAAAGGGAGGAGAAAGCCGUCUCACGAGAAAAGGCCAAACAAGGAUUUUUAGAAUUACUUAAAGAACAGACAUAUUUAGAUCGCAACUCUUCGUGGACGGAGACGAAAGACAAGAUUCGUGACGAUCAACGUUAUAGAGCAUUGGAGAGCAGUUCCACUAAAGAAGAUUUGUUCAAACAUUACAUUUCACGAUUGAGUUCAUCGAGAAAUAAUGGUUCCGAUGCAGAAAAUUCAGACAUUAAGGAACGGGAAAAACAGGAACGCAUUAAAGUCAGUCUUAUUGAAAGAGAACGGGAAGUAAAUCGCGAACUGUCAGCACAUCUACGGGAAAGAGAUAAGGAAAGAGAGCAACACAAACAUACCGAAGCCAUUGAAAAUUUUAGCGCUUUAUUAACUGAUUUGGUCAGGAAUUGUGACAUUUCGUGGAGAGAAUCGAAAAAGAUUAUCAAAAGAGAUCACAGAUGGGAGUUAGUGGAGACAUUGGACAGGGAUGAGAGGGAAAAGUUGUUUAACGCUCAUAUCGAUCAUUUGUUUAAGAAAAAGAGAGAAAAAUUUAGACAAUUGUUAGCUGAAGUCAAAGACAUAACACUUUCAAGUCGUUGGAAAGUAGUUCGCAAACAAAUCAAAGACGAUUCGCGAUAUAUUAAGUUUUCGUCGAGUGAUCACAAAUGCGAGCGAGAGUUUGAUGAAUACAUGAAAGACAGGCUAUCUAUGGCUAAGAAUGAGUUCCGAGAGUUACUCAAAGAGACUAAAAUUAUCACUUAUAAGUCAAAGAAGAUGAUGGAAGAAUCGGAUCAACACUUAUUAGAUAUUGUAGCCAUUCUUCAGAAUGACAAAAGAUAUCUUGUAUUGGAUUCAUUUGAAGACGAAAGAAGACAUUUGCUUAUGAAUUAUAUCACAGAAAUGGAUCGUUUGGGUCCACCAAAACCUAUAACUAGUUCUGAUUCCACUCGAAGAACAAAAUAAAAAGAAAAAACUAUUUUUAUUAAUGU